AAUAACAGUAUCAAAAAACGUUAGAGUGAAUGACCAUUUGUGACCGUCAGUGAAAGCGGUUACACGCCUACUCGGAAAAGCAGAUCAUUCAUUAAUACUCUACAGUCAGGUGUUAAAUUAUUCUACCGUAGAUUAUUUAGCCCGCGAUCCCUCCGCAGUAUUCGGACGCCUCCUCAGUGUUUUUAGUGAAAGAUGAAGUAGUUUCUGUGGCACAACUACAGAAUGCGGUUUACUGGGAACAUAUAUGACAAUUUCUGAGCUGAAGCACACUCAGCCAUAGUUUGCUACAGAAAUGGUAUCGCUGAGCAUUGUUUGCCUCUGAAUCUUUUUCAAAUCACCUGAUUUUCUUACACUUGAGCAGGACCGAGUGGUUUUGGCACAUUAGUAUGCCUGUUCGAGGCGCAACAUGUCUUUGUGCAUGAAUGCUGGGCAGUCAUAACUGAUCUGGGGAAAAACAAGGGGAAACUCCCCCUCGGAAGACUUCUGAACAAUGACCGGACCAAGCGCCACCAGCAGCGGCUCAACGGCCAAGACCAGCAGACACGGUCGAUCCAAGAGCACCAGUACCUACUGUCACACUACCGGUCUGGCGGCCGAAUCCACCUCAUCCACUGCCGCAAACAACACCGGCAGGUCUUCCGGUGAGGAAGAGGAGAAAGACGGCGAGGUCCCAUUUUUCGUGAACAGGACGGGCUUUCCCAUAGACACUGUCACCUGGGAGAGAAUGUGGUCACAUGUCACCAAAGUUCAUCCUGAUGGACAGGAGAUGGUGGAUAGAAUACGAAAUGCAACACACCUCUCUAAACACCCCGUGCCAUCGGUUCCAAACUUUAAGCCAUCAAUGUCUGUGCCUGAUUGGCUUCAUGCCGUCCAGAACUACAUGAGAAACUUGCAAUACAACCAUACGGGAACGCAGUUCUUUGAGAUUAAGAAAACCAGACCUCUGAGUGGGUUGAUGGAGACCGCCAGAGAGAUGAUACGAGAAUCACUUCCCAUCAAAUGCCUUGAAGCAGUUAUCCUUGGAAUCUACCUAACCAACGGUCUGACCUCCGUGGAACGGUUCCCCAUCAGCUUUAAGACCCACUUCUCCGGCCACCACUUCCAUCAUGUGGUGCUGGGCGUUUACUGUAACGGCCGAUAUGGCACUCUGGGUAUGAGUCGACGUACUGACCUUAUGGACAGAUCUCUGAGCUACCGUACGCUCAGCGAGUUGGUGUUCGAUUUUGAGGACUCGUACCGCCGCUACCAGCACACAAUGAAGAAGAUCAAAAUCGGCCUGUACGUGCCCCACAAUCCGCACGUUUUCCAGCCUAUUGAGUGGAACUAUCUGGUGAUCAACGCCUGCAAGCAGGGCCGUGAGGACAUGCGCAAAGAGCUGGAGAAGCAUGGCCGUGACAUGAGGAUGAAGAUCCUCAAGUCAUCCAGUGCUCAGUCGCCAAUCAAAGAACGAACCCGAGGCAAGUCUUUAUCACCGCGCCGCCGACCAGCCAGCAGUCCCCAAAGACGCCAACAUGUCCACAGAAGAGACAAAUCGCCUGCAGCACUGGACAGAAAGCCGGCAGAGCUCAGCACCCUCAGUGAUGGCUACCAGAUUCGCAUCUGAGACACUAAACGUACCAGCUUUAUCCUCCACAUGUCCUCCCUCAAUCAGAUCCACAGAUGAUGUUUUUAAACACUAUUUAAUGCACAUUGCGAACUGUACAGCAUAUUAAACAUAUUUAUAGUUGUACUUUCGUGUUAAGAGGGAAAUUGGGUGCCCUUUUUAAAGUCAAAGGCAAAAGUUAAACGCGAUUCAG